AUGGACCAUGCCUCACUACAUACUAAGAUUCGAGAUUUCGAGAAUCGGAUUCGAAAAUGGAGACAGCUCAGGUUCGGUUUCGUUGAUUCCGUUCAUCUAAUAGCUCCGCGCCGAUCUGCAUCGUCUGAUCCAAAGCGAUUUGUUGGUGCAACUCCGUCAACAAGCGGUACACCCGUGCAUCGAUCCUCGGCAGCUAUUCCUGUCGGCUGUCGUUCGAGUCCGAUGGCUCGGAAGGGUUGUGAGUUUACAACUAUUGUAGCGAAUAUCUUUAUGUUUGGACAUUUGGUGGACACACCUAUGGAAGUCACGCUAAACUUUAAUGGACUCGCUCAUGCACAGCACGAACUCGAUGAUAUCGAGCGGCGAUACGAAGCGGUGAAGAGAAAUUCUGGAAUUCUGCGACUAAAUGGUGAGAUGGUCAAAGCAAACUUCAAUGAUCUGGAGUUUAUUUGUGAUAUUGGGAACGGUAGUUGUGGUCAUGUGUCAAAGAUGAGCUAUAGAGGUCACGUUAUGGCUGUGAAAGACAUGGCUCGUACAUCAAACAAGGAAGACAACAAACGUAUUAUGAGAGAUUUGGAUGUGAUUUCACGGGCGGACGCAUCACAUCAUAUUGUUCUGUGUUACGGUUACUUCAUAUCAGAGCCAACUUAUGAUAGAUUUUAUGACAACUGUGAUAACAGUGUGUAG